AUGUCACAUAAAUAACUUAAAAUGAUACAUACAUUCAAGCAUAUUUCUGAUAUUAUUUUCUUUCUCACUAUUAAAGCUUUAAAAAAAUAGCAUCUAAGAAAUAAAAUUUCUAUUAAAAAUGGUAUUUUAAAAAAAGUAUAUCUAACUAAAAAUUAAUUUUGGCAUGAUGUGGGAGCAUAGAUAAGUUAAGUAUUUUCUAUCUGUUUGAGUUUAUUUAUUUUAUUUUUAAUAUAUUGUUUAUUUUUAUUUUUCGUUUAUUUUUAAUUAUUUAUUUGUUCAUUAAUUUUUUUGUAUUUAUUUAUCUAUCUAUCUUAUUUUUAAUUUUUUUUUUAUUUUGUUUUUAUAUUAUUUGAAGUUAUUUUCUUUUUUAUUCUUUUUCUUUUUUAGCUUUUUAGCAGUGUCUCUUUGGCUGUGCUCUCUUCAAGGAUUGAGUUUCCUAAGGAAAUAAGACUAUAUGGAAGCCUGCCCGAUUCGCACAAGAUUAGAUUUCAGGAAGAUAGUAUCUUUUGA